AUGGGUUCUGUGGGGCCGCUUCAAUCAUUGGAAAUUACCAAGAUUGGUGUCAUUGGCACUGGGGUGAUGGGUAGCAUGUUGUCUCUUUUGUUCGCUGAACAUGCUGGAGUUGAUGUAUCCAUAUACGACCGCUCAGAAACGAGCAUGCAGCUCGCAGUCGAAAAGGCCAACAAGGCAGGAUUGGGGGACAGAGUACAUGCGUGUAAGGAUUAUGAGACAUUGUGUCAAAGCUUGGGCUCCCCCAAAAUCUUCCUGUUCAGCCUUCCUCACGGUCCUCCUGGAGAUCGUGUUGUACGGACACUGGAACCCUAUCUCAGAAAAGGGGAUGUGGUGAUUGAUGGAUCCAACGAGAACUUUCAUGUAACGCAGAAGCGCCAGGCAUUCCUCCAACCCAGAGGCGUGUCCUAUAUUGGAAUGGGAGUUUCAGGGGGGUUCAAUGGUGCUCGUCAUGGACCAUCUCUGAUGCCCAGUGGAGAUGAAUGGGCACUCGAUCGACUGAUGCCAUUGUUGACCAAAAUUGCCGCCAAAGAUGAACUCGGAAGACCCUGUGUCACCAAAAUUGGUACCGGAGGAAGCGGUCAUUAUGUUAAAAUGAUCCAUAAUGGGAUUGAACAUGGAGUCAUGUCGGUCCUAUGUGAGGCAUGGGAGAUCAUGGACUCGUGUUUGAGGAUGACUGGCGACGAGAUUGGAGACGUUUUCGAGAGCUGGAAUGAGAAAGGAGAGUUGAGAAACAAUUUCCUCGUUGCUAUCAGUGGACCGAUCUGCCGUACGAGGAACGAAGACGGAAAUGGUUUUCUGCUUCAUGAUAUCGGAGAUGCCGUGGUCCAGGAUGCCAAUGAUUCUGAGGGAACAGGAGUGUGGGCGAACCUGGAAGCUGUAUCUUCCCAUGUCCCUGCUCCGAGUCUCACUGCGGCGCAUUAUUUGCGGCUGGCAUCUGCUAAUGUUGGGCAAAGACGGCAAGUCGGAAACUCUCUAGGUGCCGUGUCGCCGGGGAAAAUCAUCCUGGAUAGGAACCAGAGGCAAAGCUUCCUGGAAGACCUCCGGAAGGCUGUCUACGCCACUGUUCUUCUCUGCUUCAUCCAAGGCCUGGACCUAUUGCGGCAGGCAUCAGAGCGGCAGGGCUGGGGGAUCGAUCUGGAGCAAGUUGUUCGAAUCUGGAGAGCGGGAUGCAUUAUCAAAUCUGACGACAUCACCGAUCUAUUCGAACGACACUACGCGAGAAGCCCGGGUCAACAUCCCUUAUUGGGAACGGAAAUAUGCAGUGAACUCCGGCGAUGCUGGCCAUCUCUCAAAACUGUCGUCCUCAAAGGUCUGGAAGUGGAUGCUCAUUUACCAGCUCUUGGUGCCAGUUUAGAAUAUCUGAAGUAUUCCGGAUCCACCAACCUUCCGACCAGUUUCAUGGAAGCACAACUAGAUGCCUUCGGGGCUCACGGGUAUGAGCUGAAAGGAGAGCAGAACGGGUACAUGGCCAAGGGCAAACACCACAGCCACUGGUCACAAUGA